CUCAUGGCGGAUUCUGCAAAAGAAACUUCACUUUCUCAUCGACCCAAUAGAAAAUUUGAUGCUAAAAUGAAAAUUUAAUCCAUUUUCUUUGACAAUUGAAAUCUCCAUUGAAUGCUGUUCAUGGGUUUCUGCCUUUUUUUUUUAAAAAAAAAAAAUCAGUUUCAAAAUUUUGGCUUCUUCUAUCCAUUUAUGAAUUGUUGACCCUAAAUCAAUUAAAAAACUGAAGCCCAUUUCUUUGUUGAUGUUCCAUGUUGGUGUUGGUAUAGAAGAAGGAGACAAGGGAGAUGUGUGCACGGACAAAAUCCAAGAGUUGUCGGACCUUGGAUCAUUGCUGAUAUCUUCAUUGUAAGAUUCCAUUUCAUGUCUAAAUCAAGAGAUUGUUUCCUUUUACUUUGUGUAUCCCCUGUUUGUCUGUUACUUGAUCUUUGUUGAUUGUUUAUUUAUUACUGAUGGCAUGUUCCUUUUAGUCCUCGUUUGUGAAUUUGGUUCAUUGUUGAUGAAAUUCUUUGACGAUGAUGUAAGCUUGAUUUUACAAUUCAAACAAUGUUCCUUCUUUUUGUACCGUUUUUUGUUUAGUAUCCAAAUGGCAAAAUUCAAGAGUUGUUGGACCUUGGAAAUCGUUGCUGAUAUCUUCAUUGUAAGAUUCCUUUUCAUUUCUAAAUCAAAAGAUUAUUUCAUUUUACUAUUGGGUACCUUCUGUUUGUCUGUUACCUGAUCUUUGUUGAUGUUUAGUUAUUACUGAUGGCAUGUUCCUUUUAUUCCUUGUUAAUGGUUUUGAUCGAUUGAUUGUUGAUAAGGAUGAGGUGAGUUUGAUUUUAUAAUUCCAAGAAUGUUGUUUCUUUUGGUUCAAUCUUUUGUUUGGCCCAAAAUGGUGAAUUCUUCAUUGAAAAAGGAUUUUAUCCAAUGGCAAUGUCCCUGUAAUAUAUUAUUAGGUGUGAG